GGGGGGCGGGGAAGAAAGGAAGGCGGGGGCGGUGGCGGCGGCUGCGAGGAGGGGCCGUGCUCUCCCCGUGUCCCCGACUUGCGCUCAGGCGGCUGCCGCCGCCGCCGCCAUGUUGGCUUGAGAGGCGAUGACAGGAGGCGGCUGCGGCGUUUGAGACUGAAAAGUGGAGGAGGUGGAGGAGGAGAGACAAAGCUCCGAGAGGAAACCAUUCCCGGGCUGAGGAGAGGGAGGACCCGGCCUCUUCCGGGGACCAGCCGAAGUCGGCGUCGGAGGGGAGGGGAAGGCGGCGACGGGGGGGUGGCGGAGGCAGGAGAGGAGCGCCGAGAAGCCGGAGACGAUGCGCCCCGAGACCCGCCGCUGCCCGGAGGCGCCCGCGGCCUGAGCCCCGAGGGGCCGUGGGGUCUCCCGCCCGGCCCGAGCUCCCCGCGCCCCCACCUCCCUCCCCGCGCUCGCCGCCCCGGGCUUUCGCUUCGGCCCCCAACUAGUUAAAUGCCCUUGAGCGCGGGUUUCCGCGGCCCGGCUCUGAGCCCCGGCAGCGCGAGUUGAGCCGUUUCCCCGAGCCGACCGCCGGCGCCGGUUCCUGCGCGGCCGCCACUCACUGCUCACGCGUCCAUGUGUAGCCACAUAGUUAUCUGUGUACAUCCACGCCGGGGCAUUUUCCUCCUGCUUAAUGAGGACUUGACUCGGGAGCAAGUGUGAAUCACUGCCGGGCUGGGAAAGGAGGAAGGCGGAUUUAACCCCCUCCCACCCCGCUCCCAUGUCCGUGUGUCACUCGGCUCGGUCUACCUGGCGCGGCCGGUCCUGGAGCUGCUGCUGCUGCUGCUGCUGCUGCUGACGACGACGACGACGACGGGGGCUGCUGCUCUCCGCCCGGGAGUUCCCUCCGGCUCCGGCCACCCAGUUCCUGGGGAUUGUUCCUCUUCGCUCGGAACCUCGGCCAGGCCGGCGCUGUGACUCCGAAAGAACUUAUUUUUUGGAAAGCACAUCACGAACCGAUCGAGAUCGUUGAGGUUGAUUUCUGUAGCUUGAAGACUUCUGCUCUUUUUUGUUUGUUGUAAUUUUUUUCCCCCCCCGGUAAACAUCUGGGUGUAUAUCAAGGCAAGAUGUCCAGUAAUGUCCCGGCGGAUAUGAUAAAUUUGCGCCUCAUCUUGGUAAGCGGGAAAACAAAAGAGUUCCUGUUUUCUCCUAAUGAUUCUGCUUCUGACAUUGCGAAGCAUGUGUAUGACAAUUGGCCAAUGGACUGGGAGGAAGAACAGGUCAGCAGUCCAAAUAUUCUACGACUUAUUUAUCAAGGACGAUUUCUACAUGGAAAUGUCACAUUAGGAGCAUUAAAACUUCCUUUUGGCAAAACAACGGUGAUGCAUUUGGUGGCCAGAGAGACAUUGCCAGAGCCAAACUCUCAAGGUCAGAGGAAUCGCGAAAAGACUGGAGAGAGUAAUUGUUGCGUAAUCCUGUAGACACCGUGUGCUGCGUGUGCUGUCAUGUGGUCUAUGUCUUUCACGCUGCUGGGACAGAAGAGACCCGACAUUGCUUCGGAAACCCUUAGGAAGAGUCUGCCUGUAAAUCCAUGGACCUGAAUGAUCCCAUGAACACUGUCAUCUUUCCUCAUCAAAGUAAAAAGAACCAAGAACA